AUGGGAUCAGAGACCGAAAUGGACACUACCCUUAAAGCGUUGCAGGAUGGUGUAUGCUUCUGUUUGGAGAAACCCAUUUCACCACAGAAUGUUAGAGAUGUGUGGCAACACGGGAUAAAGAAAAAUAGAUCAAAUGAAAUCGGAUCGAUUAAAGAAGGAGAGAAUGGUAAUGGAGUUGGGGAAAAUCAAGCUAAGGUGAACCCUCAAAGUAUUCCAGUGUCAAACCGAAAGGAACCAAAUGUUGUACCUGGAAAUAGACAAUCAAAAGUGAGAAAGACAAGAUCUGCUUUUGACAAUACUAGCGUUAAUGCAGCUUGGGAAGAUGGUGAGGAGGACAAGGGUGGGAACUGUGCUAAGAAACAACGUAUGGUUUGGAACCAUGACCUGGAAUUAGAGUUUACAGCUGUUGUCAGCGCUUUAAGCGACAAAGAAACUCGUCUAAAGUCAACACUAAGUUUCAUGAAUGUUCCAGAGUCGACUCAACCCCAAGUUACUAGUCAUAAACAGAUUGGAGACUCAUUGAACAAUCUUCAAAACAAUGCUUCAAGGGUGCAAGUUGGAUCAUCACAUGAGGUUGGAUCCUCAUUGAACAAUGUUCAAAACAAUGCUUCAAGGGUGCAAGUUGGAUCAUCAUAUGGGCUGCAGAAUAACAAUAUGCUUCUGCAGCCUGGAUCGUCAUUAAACUGGCUGCAGAAUAAUUUGCCGAUGUUUCAUCCUAGACCCUCAUUUAAUUUCCAGAAUAACAAUGCAGCUUUGCAAUGCGAGUCAUCACUAGAUGUGCAGGAUGAUGAAGUGUCGUCGAUAUAUAGACCACAACCAGAAGGGAUGCAGGAGACUUUUUUGGUGCUACAACAGGGAUCAUCAUCAUCAUCACAUGGUUUAUGGAAAAACAUUUCAAACCUGCAGCCUGGAAUCCCAUCAGAUAGUUACCUUCCUCCCCCUACUAAUCAAAGCCAAAACCAAGGUGUAACGGAUUACCAGAGCUUGCAGAACUUUCUUGACAACGAAGAGGCAGAAACUACUGGUAAUGGCAAUGACCCAAAACCGGAGGAGGUUGAACAACUAUAUCAAUGGCUUGCAAAGGUUUUGGCUGGGGAUGAGGAGUGA